AAUGUCAUAGCGAACACCAAUCGCAAAACGCCGAAAAAAAAUUGAAGUGCAAAAAAGUAAACCGCCUUUAAUUUUUCGCGAGUUCUGUUUGCUCGUCCAUGAAUUUUAUUACCCCAGUGCAUCAUCAGUAAACUGUAUCAAGAUACAGUUCUCAAUACAUAUUCGAAUCCGGUGUUUUGUGCAGUGGAAACAGCUUCUCGAGUGUUCGACUACCUUCGAAAGCCAUGACGACUCGAACUCGCCGUGCCGCUACCAAAGCGCCAAUCGUUAUUCCUUCCGACACGGACUCGGAACCGGAGGAGAGCGAUCCCGAGGGCAUUUUCUCCAGUCCGGAUGCGAAACCAAAGGCCAAACGCGUUAGGAAACAUUCCUCCGACAGUGACGAUUCCGACUUUGAUGAGAGUAAACUGAGAGAACUAAAACCACCAGUCAAGAGAAGAGCAUCCAGCAAAGCAUCGGAUAGUCCAACGAAAAAACCGAAAACGGAACCCAAACCAAGAGCUCCUAGGAAACCACGCGAGCCGAAAGCUCCAAAGGAACCGAAAGCUCCAAAAGUCCCAAAAGCUCCCAAGGCACCGAAAGAACCUAAGGCUCCAAAAGUACCGAAGGAAAAAGUUCCCAAGGCACCAAAAGUACCAAAGGUUCCAAAAGAACCCAAAGCCCCGAAACAACCGAAAGCGGUUGCCGCAAGACGAGGUAGUCGGAAGAAAGCCGUUGAUCAAGCUGAGCUCGAUGGAAAUGUGGGACCGGCAUUGGAAUCGUCGAUUGAAAUUAAGCACGAGGAUGCGAAUGUGCAAGAAGUUGUUGCAAUUCCAGAUACGCCAAAACAGGAAGAAACGAAACCAAUUCCGGUCAAGGUUGACGUGAAGGACGAAACGGACACUCGACCAAAGUAUAAGAAACGCGUCAGUAUGACAGUCCGUGACCAGUGGGAUGAUUUUGAGCUGCUAUCGGAAAUGCAAAACAUUGACCGGAAAACGGCACGCAACAUCAUUAGGUUGUUCGAGGAGGAAAACACCAUUCCGUUUAUUUGCCGCUACCGAAGAGAACUGAUCGGCGAAAUGACACCGGACGAACUGCGGGAUGUUAAGUUGGCGUACAAUCAGAUUCUGUCGAUCAAAGCCAAAGCGGACACCAUCAUAAAAAGUCUCGAAAAAGAAGAGAAACUGACCGAAGAUAUUAAACUGGAUCUGCUGUCGGCGAAAAGCGUUGACGAGCUGGAUCACAUGUACGCACCGUUCAAACCGGCCAACAAGGGCUCGUUGGCUGACCGCGCAAAGGCACUCGGUUUGGAUCCACUGGCGGAAAGUAUUUUGAUCGGUACCAUGUCGGAAAUUGAUUUGCCCGAUUUGGUAAAACCGGAAAUCGAAGGAUUGGAGACGGUCGAAAAGGUCGAAGAAGGAAUUAAACAUUUGAUGGCACAUAAUUUCAGCAAGAAUACAGCCGUGCUGGAAGAAAUUCGCAGACUUACUGCAAAAUAUGACAUCGUGCUAACGUCAGCUCAAGUCGCAAAAAAACGAGAGAAAGCCGAAUCAAACAACAACGGUGACUUGCCGGCCGCAGCCACUGGAACCGCUGCCGGCCCCGGCGGAAAAGUUAGCAUUGCCAGUCUCAAACGGAUCCCGAAAAAGGUCGAUGAAUUCAAGUUUGAGCACUACUUCAAUUUCACCUGCACCACCAAAUAUCUGCGGGCGCAUCAGAUCAUGGCCCUGAAUCGUGGAGAGAAUCAGAAAGUGCUCAGUAUUAAGCUUCAAUUCAAGGACCAAGUCAAGGGCGAUUUAUACUGGUUCCUAAAGCGGGAGUACCUGCAGAGCGGCGUCCAGUCGAAGAAGCGCACGGAACUAUUCGAGGCAUCGUUCGAUGAAGCGUUUACUAAAAAGCUGAUUCCUCUAAUGACGCGUACGGUUCGAUCGGAACUGACCAAACGUGCCGAGAAGGCAUCGGUUGAGGUAUUUGCUAACAAUCUCAAACAACUGCUGCUGACGGGUCCGGUCAAAGGGGAGAAAAUUCUCGGUGUCGAUCCGGGUUUCAGCAACGGUUGCAAGCUAGCGAUCAUCUCCGAGUGCGGAGAACUGCUGGACACGGCAACCGUUUAUCCGCACAUCGGUGGCGAACGUUCGAAGGUGGCUCCCGGAAUCAUUGCCAACAUGAUGAACAAACACAACUGCAACAUGAUCGCUCUGGGAAAUGGAACGGCUUGCCGGGAAACCGAGUCGAUGCUGUCCUACAUGUUGGACGAGGGAAUCCUGGAUAAGCGAUGGGUACGCUACUGCAUCGUACCGGAACAGGGAGCUUCGAUUUAUUCCUGCAGUGAGGUUGCAAAAAAAGAAUUCCCCAAGAUGGACGUGAAUUUGAUCAGUGCCGUAUCAAUCGCCCGCCGACUGCAGGAUCCACUGUGCGAGUAUGUUAAAAUCGAACCCCGCCAUCUGGGAGUGGGAAUGUAUCAGCAUGACCUGAACGAGAAAACCCUCUCGGAAAGCCUCGACGAAGUGGUGAUGGAAUGUGUGUCCUUCGUGGGUGUCGACAUCAACACCGCCUCCGUCAGUUUGCUUAGCCAUGUGGCCGGAUUAACGGCCAAGCGGGCCGAGCACAUCGUGACCCACCGGACUCGGCACGGUCCAUUCCGCAGUCGUGAGCAAUUGCUUAAGGUUAAGUUUAUCGGUGAUCGAACGUUUACCCAGUGCGCUGGAUUUAUCCGAAUCGAACCGCUGACGGCCGGUGUUCGAGAGUACAACCUACUGGAUUCGACCUGGGUUCAUCCGGAAAGCUACGAACUUGCCGAAAGCAUCAUCAGAAAAGCUGGUCAGUCCAAUAAAGAGAUUGGACGUGCUGAUUUUAUCCUAGGCAUAAGAGAUUUUGCAUUCCGAACUCCGAAAGAGGCGAUGGCCGGCAUGUUUAAUCAACCGAUCGAACGAAUUGAUUGUGUUCUUUCGGCACUGCAGCGAGAUCUGCUCCGAGAUUAUCGUGCCGACGUUAAUAAGCCACCGAUGUUCAAAAAGGGUUUGACGUCGAUGGCAGACCUAGCGGAGGGCACUAUCCUGACCGGAGCAGUCAAUAACGUCACCGAUUUCGGUGCGUUCGUUGAUAUCGGCGUGGAAAAUAAUGGACUUAUUCAUCGAAGCAAGAUGAACGGAAAACGUGUGAACAUCGGCGACAGAGUCGAAGUGACCGUAAUUUCGAUUGACGUUGCCAAGGGUCGGCUUGGUUUGAAGCUGGAGCAAAUACUCUGAGCAGCCGACGACGACGACGACGAAUGGGGCUCCCUAAUCCUGUAAUAAUUUCAGUAGUACAUACUCAAGCAGUUCUAGAUUGUUCUAACUCACAAUUCAAUACAAAAAAAAUCGAAAUACUAUUUUCGAAAGACAUUUC